ACUGAUACAAAGCAAGUUCUAUAUAAUAAAUUUGUGCCUAAUUGUAAAUAAAUAAAAUAAAAGUAAAUGCCAAUUGUGAAACACAAUUAUAAAAAGAUAACAACUAUUUGACCCAAAUAUAACUACAAGAUUGUGCAUUCGUUAAUUGAAUAUGUUUAUUGGAAUGUUGUGCUAUAUAUAUAAAACUAAAGAAAGGAUGUAAGAAAACAAUAAUAAAAUAAAACCAACCACAAUGUUCAAGAAACUGUGCAAUUUCACCAACUGUUGUCAGAUCCUUGUUCUGGUCCUGCUAUGUAUGCUGGCACAGAUAUGUCUCUGCAUUACAGACAAUCCUUACACCACGCUUGGGGUAAACAGCCAUGCGACCAUACAGGAAAUAAGACGAGCCUAUAAACAACUGGCCAAGGAAUGGCAUCCUGAUAAAAAUAAAAAUCCCGAAGCUGAAGAAAAAUUUGUCGAGAUUAAAAAAGCCUACGAACUUUUAAGUGACAAUGAUCGUCGGCAUAUAUUUGAUCGACAUGGCGUGACUAAUGAAGAUUCCCACUUUUUAAAACAAAAACAUGAUUAUAGUGGAUACAAUCGUUUCGGAUUUGAUCCAACAGAAGAUUUCUUUGGAAAGCAUUUCUUUUUCGACCAAGAUAUAGGGCUAUACCAUAAGUUAUCUGUAACAUCAAAGUAUUUCGAGCAGACAAUUUUACCAAAAAGCUCUAAGAAAUUGCAUAUUAUUAUGUUUUACAAUGACUGGUGUUUCCGAUGUACUCGAAUAGUUGGAGCUUUUAAAAAGUUAAUUGAUACCCUCGAACCUUUGGGGAUACAUUUUGCAACUAUAAAUGCUGUACAUGAACCAAGUGUACUUCGAAAAGCGGGAGUAGAUGAAAUUCCAAAGAUGGUUCUUGUUUUGGAUGGACAUAGUUAUGUCUAUAGAGAUAACACCUAUACGACGCAAAAAGUUGUGGAUUUUAUACGAAAGAAGAUGCCUUUUCAUAUUGUUAAACGUGUCAAUGAUGAGAAUGUUGAUGAUUUUCUUGGUGGUUGGAUGGAUAACAGGGUACGAGCAUUACUUUUGGAACCCCGAGGAACCCCCAGACUGCGGUACUUAGUAUCAGCAUUCGCUUUCAAUGAUCGCGUGGCUUUUGGUUUUGUUGAUGUCAGAAGUAAAAGCACAAAGGCAAUUGUAGAAAGAUUUAAAGUUAAUACAAAUCUGGAUACUCUAUUUCUUUUCAAUGAGGACUCGACAAGACCCAUUGCUAGUAUUUCAAUCUCAGAGAUUCCAACACAAACAUUAACAAAUGUCCUAACUUCCAAUCAGUUUUUAACCCUACCAAGAUUAUCGUGCCAAGAAAUGCUAGAAGGUGUUUGUCCUGCUGAAUGGAAUAGACCAAGGAAACGCCUUUGUGUUGUUCUGAUCACUGAAAAUUCUGUUGAACACGACUCGGCAAGAGGAACAUUACGCCAAAUAGCUCUUCAAAGCGGUUAUAGCUUAGAAAGGGUUCGAUUUGCCUACAUGUUUAAGGAAAAGCAACCAGAGUUUAUUAAUGCAAUUUCAAAGGGUUCAUUUGACGAUAACUUGCUACGUAUUGUGAUUAUUUGGCGUCGGGAUAAUACACACAUAAAGUACGAGUGGAUAUAUGGAACUAAAUUGGAUGUUAGAAAUACAUCCGACAAUCCAAGGGAAAAUGUUAUAAAUACAACUAAAACAGAAAUAACUCAUACGAUACAAAGACUUCUGCAAACAUCUGAAGCCCUAAGCUAUGAAGCUUUUGUGCAGAACUUACUUGAUGAACACGCUCAAGGAGUAAUAACUAAAUGGAUUGCGCGUUUACUCUACAUGGUAGAUUACUUAUCCGACAAUGUAGAAAAUGAGCAUUUGCUAGCAGCGGUGUCACUUUUGGGAACCAUUGCAUUUAUGUUUGGUAUUGGAUAUAUUAUGAUGUAUUUUGUACGGGCAGAGGAAGAAAAUCUAAAGGCCCAGGGACAUCUUAAUGAAAAUUCCGCCAUUAAGAACAAUCAGCAGACUCCAGAACUGAAACUUUAUGAACUUAGAGCUGAGAAAUACAAUGGAAUGAUACGAUUAUUGAAGCCUGGCUGUCGAACUGUUUUAUUGAUAACGGAUUAUCAAAGUCGCACAAAACUUAUACCUCAUUAUCAUAAAGCUGUUUGGCCUUAUAGAAAAAACAAGACAUUAUUAUUUGGACAUAUGCUCAUUGAGAAGGGAUUGUCCUGGUAUUCGGAAAUACUUCGUUUAUCAUUGUGUACCAACAAGAAUCUGCAAAUUAAUCCAAGAAACUGUGUUGGUACAGUAAUAGCCUUGAAUGGCCAUCGUAAAUACUUUUGCAUGUAUCAUGCUAAACAUCCCGAGUCUGCUCGUGGUACAAAGAGAAUGCUGAAAAUGACCAAACAACUGCUUAAGAGUAGCGACGACCCAGAAAUUGGUACAUUUCUUGAAAUGAGUAACUCUGAAGAAUCUGAUUCAGAGUCAAAGGUUUUACUCGAGGAUAAUCUUUUGGAUGGUCUUAGUAAUUGGCUUGACCGUUUAUUUGAAGGAACCACACAUAGAUACUAUAUCAACUAUUGGCCAGAUUUUCCUACUAAAUAAAUACCAAAGCAAGAAACAAAUAGUAAUACCUAGACAAAACAAAAAAAACAAACAAAAAUUACCCCAAUUUAUGGUGAAUCAUUCUAGUCAAUAAUAUACUUCGUUUCUAUCAAAUUCAUUAGAAGCUUAGAUAAUAAAACUUGCUCUAUGCUUAUACUAUUAAAAACUUAA